UUAAAAAUCUGAAACAUGAAAUCAACCACAGCAUUCGCAUGCUUGAGCUGGACGACGUUUAUUUUCAGGACGGGGGCGUACCUUACCCCGCCCUGCAGUAAGAUCCCUUUCCAACCCGGAUGCACUAAUAAUUUGAGCCUUGUAACCCCCACUCUACCCGCGUGCCCUUUCCCCUUCGAAGAAUGGGUCAUAGCUGCCCGCGCCGCCCCGGGAAACUCUACCCGCCCAGAUGGCGUCAUUCCGCCCUGGUUCAACCGUCCCCUCGCCCUAAGAGGGCAGCAAGUCGCAUCCGAAUACCGCUUUCCUUGGUAUGUCGCCACAAUUUUCGGCGCCCUCACCGAACUCAACAUGCCCGACAUCCGGGACCCCAUCAUGUUCAACAAGAAGCAUACGAACGGCCCGGACAACGCGAAACGAGACAUGGCCACCCUCAUGCAGGGCCUGGUUUGGGCGAAGGACUACUUUUACGACAUGCCCAUCGAGGGCAACUCGUCCUACAUCGACUCCAUCCGCAACGUGGCCGCCAUCCAUGCGAACGUCGAGAUGCGCGCAAGGGCUAGACAAGCCUCGGAUGGGUGCAUCGUCUCGCGGAACGAGUAUGCGUACCCCAUCCUGUUUCCGAAGGAGAUGGCGAUCAACGCGUGCGACGCGGAUUUUUGGGCGAUCAAUCAUUUCUUUGCAGCGAUUGGGUACGUUAUUGAUAAGUAG